AUGUUGAAACCAGCUACUCCAAUCACUGCCAGAUGGAUAACAAAACACUCUAUGAUUCCAGCAGACCAUCCUGUUACCCCACCAGCAGCAAUGCCAGCAGAGGAAAAUACCGAACCACAAGAACCACAGCACCACCCUCCACACUCAUCCCAGCUCUCUAACGAGGACAGAAUCAGUAGAUUGGAAACUAUGAUGGAACAAGUGAUGAUUGAUCAGCGAGAUGGACAUGCCAGAUUAGAACUGGGGAUGACCAAUCUCUAUCGAGCAUUUGCCUCCUCUCAACAGACACCAGGAGGCAUGUUUUAUGCUGAUUUAUUCACACCUCACCAUUAUACCGGUGACCAUAGCGGAACAGGAGAGCCUUUGUUGAAUGGAGUUGCACCUGGCGCACAAUUAAUAUCUUGUAAAAUUGGGGACUCCCGCUUAGGUUCAAUGGAAACUGGAACUGGUUUGAUUUGGGCACUGAUAGCUGCUGUAGAGCAUAAAUGCGACCUUAUCAAUAUGAGUUAUGGUGAAGCAACUUUACUGCCCGACUAUGGACGCUUUGUUGACCUAGUGAAUGAGGUGGUGAACAAGCACCGUCUGAUAUUCGUGAGCAGUGCUGGUAAUAGUGGUCCAGGAUUGAGCACUGUUGGUGCACCUGGUGGUACAUCUUCAAGCAUCAUUGGUGUUGGUGCAUAUGUUUCUCCUGCUAUGGCUGCUGGUGCUCAUUGUGUUGUUGAACCUCCAUCAGAGGGGCUUGAAUACACUUGGUCUAGCCGAGGGCCAACAGCUGAUGGAGACCUUGGUGUCUGUAUAAGUGCUCCUGGUGGUGCUGUUGCUCCUGUUCCGACGUGGACUCUUCAACGGCGCAUGCUCAUGAAUGGGACAUCAAUGGCAUCUCCAUCAGCUUGUGGAGGAAUUGCAUUGCUCAUAAGUGCAAUGAAGGCUGAGGGAAUUCCUGUGAGUCCAUAUAGUGUGAGGAAGGCUCUUGAGAAUACCUCAGUUCCCAUAGGAGAUUUACCUGAAGAUAAAUUAUCCACUGGACAAGGGCUUAUGCAAGUCGACAAGGCCUUUGAAUAUAUACAGAAGUGUCAAAACUUUCCAUGUGUUCAGUAUCAGAUAAAUAUCCAGCAAUCUGGAAAAACAAAUCCUUCAUCGCGAGGCAUCUACCUUAGGGAGCCUAGUGCUUGCCGACAGACUACUGAGUGGGUAGUGCAAGUUAAUCCAAAGUUUCAUGAAGAUGCGAGCAAUUUUGAGGAAAAGAUUCCAUUUGAGGAAUGCCUUGAGUUAUAUUCUACUGAAAAGACUGUUGUGAAGACCCCUGACUAUCUAUUGCUCACUCAUAAUGGUCGCACCUUCAAGUUAGUUUACUUUUCUUCACCAUUUUGUUUUCAUGUUUAUAUAAUGCCACAUUAUGCAGUCUCAGCAGAUCGUGAUAAACUUCCCUCUGGAAAACAGAUACUAGCACUGACUUUGACCUACAAGGUAAAAUUGGAAGAUGGAGCACAAAUAAAACCUCACAUACCAUUGCUAAAUGACCGCAUAUAUGACACUAAAUUCGAGUCUCAAUUUUAUAUGAUUUCUAACUCAAAUAAGCGCGUAUAUUCACGUGGAGAUGCCUAUCCAAGCUCUUCAAAGCUUCCCAAGGGAGAAUAUAAUUUGCAGCUCUAUUUGAGGCAUGAUAAUGUGCAGAUUUUGGAAAAAAUGAGGCAUUUGGUGUUAUUCAUUGAGAGAAAUUUGGAGGAUAAGGUAGUUUAUUGUUUCAAUUUUAUGUCUUUCUCAAAUGGUCAACUGCUGCUGAAAUCUACUCUGGUUUAAGGUUUUUGAGUUGAA